AUGAAAGACAAUUAUGAUCUAAUCACAACUUCUCAGGCCAUUUUCGAUGUAGUCAAAAGAGGAAAUUUGAUCGAAGAAACACGCAUUCAAUACGAAAUCAAAUGUAUUGGAACUGAAAUAGAAACAUCUUAAAUGUAAAAAUUCCAUAUUCAAUCUUCAAAGAGGAUAUGACACUGUUAAAUAUAAGUUUACAAUCACUAAAAUUGAUUUGUUAACAAAUAAUAAAAAGUCUCAUGAUUUUGUUAGAAGGUAUUAAAAAUAAAAUCUUAAACCAAUAGAUAUACGCAUUUCCUAUGGUUAUAAGACGAAUUGCAAAAUAAAUUAAUAGGAAGAAUUAUUCCCAGUCUUCCUGAAAAAUAGACUGGUUACGAUAAAGAUAAAAGGUAAUCAAUUAUAUAUAUAAUCAAAUAGAAAAUUAGAAUUUGUCUACUUUAUGUAAAAAAUAUUAAGUCACAAGAAAUUCUAAUCAGUUGAUUGCAUUGAACGAUUUUUUAGUGAAGAAUUAAAAGUACUUCAUCAUAUUGAAUUUUAUUCUAUAGGAAUAUGAGGCAUUUUAAUAAUAUAUCGACAAUAUGAAAGAGUCUCAAUCGGUGAUCAAUAAGGUUAUCAGUACAGGAUUAUCAUUCAUGAACAUGUUCUCAAGAGUGUACAAUUAUAACAAUAUUCAAAUAAUCCCUAGAAUUCCUGAUGAUUUUGAUAAAUAAUUUGAUGAAUGUAAAUUACUCAUAAUAUUGUUAAGAUAAGAAAGAAUUCGAAUUAAAUAAACUUAAUACUGAAAUCAUAACAUCGGAUCUUUAGAAAAUAGUGUAGAAAUUACAAAUUUAAACAAGAUCGUUAUCUAAUAGUUUUGAUAUAUUUAGUAAUUGACAUUAAUAAUUUAGUGACUGAGUGUUAAGGAACUGAAGAAUUUAACAUGCUAAAAAUAAUCAUAAAGAUCUAUGAGAGCUAUGAAAUUAAAUUAAGAUAAAAGUAUAUUUACAGGAUGGAAGCAAGCAUUAAAGAUUAUGAUCAAGCCAUCAAGUUGAUAAAUCUUUAUAAGGACUUAAAGGAUUAGAUCAACAAAGAUACUCAAUUAAUCAAUAAUCCAAAUUACAGAUCAUAAAUAGAUGAACUGAAAUUGCAAAUUAGUAAUAACAAGUAGAAGGUAGAAUAAUUGAACACGAACUUUAAUGAUGAUAUUAAUAUCUUUAGAUAACAGUAAAGUUGGUGUUUGAAUGAUGUGCAAAAAUAUUUUUAAAAUGAUUUGAAAGAUUGUUAUGAUUCAAUUAAAUCAUAGAAAACUGUUGAGCACUUUUGA